UGAUCCAACCCAGACCGAAAUCCCUGUGGAGACCUGCGAGCUGCACGGUAUGCUGUAGCUCUGGAAGAUGUGGGUUUAUUUCCACAAAAGAAUCAGCGGCAUGUAAUGUGACCGACCGAGACAAAGACACGAAACCGUAGAGACCCCAGUAACCGGAACCCAGGGGUUGUUAGAGGUUUCAGCUCUUUUUUUAAAUUAGUUUUUUAUUCUCUUUUUCUCCCGAGGUGGUUGUCAUGUAGGCCGCAGAUUGGAUUGUGUUGCUGGGGAGGAGAUCUUUUGAUUUCGCUGCUGGGCUACACUUACAGAAUCAUUGAAUUACUUCAUUUGUCUUUCUUUGGUGAUUUAUUUUACUGUUAUUCAAAGCUGGAUUUUGGAUUCUUGAGGGUGCAGAAGAAUGGAUGUGGAUGUAUGUGCUGGGGGAGACAGCACCAGAAAAAAAAUGGACACUGUUGGAGACGGAGCUGUGGAGGUUGUGCCGUUGGAGCUCUAUGACUCAUCUCGGGCAAAAAUAGAUGCCAAUCUACGGUGGCUGUUUGCAAAAGCUUAUGGAAUAGACAACAUCCCGGAGGACCUGAGAGACCCCUUUUACACAGACCAGUAUGAGCAGGAGCACAUCAAGCCUCCGGUGAUCAAGCUGCUGCUGUCCAGUGAGCUGUACUGCCGUGUGUGCAGCCUCAUCCUGAAAGGGGAUCAGGUGGCAGCUCUGCAGGGGCACCAGUCUGUCAUUCAGGCUCUGUCUCGGAAAGGCAUCUACGUCAUGGAGAGUGAUGACAGUCCUGUGUCCGAGUCUGAUCUCAGCUGUGCCCCGAUCAAAAUGAGUGCUCACAUGCCAAUGAUUGAUGCCCUAAUGAUGGCCUACACAGUGGAAAUGAUCAGCAUUGAAAAGGUUGUCGCCAGUGUUAAACGUUUCUCAACAUUUAGUGCCUCGAAGGAGCUUCCUUUUGACCUCGAGGAUGCAAUGGUCUUCUGGAUAAAUAAGGUAAACCUGAAAAUGAGAGAAAUCACUGAGAAAGAACUAAAACUGAAACAGCAGCUUCUGGAGUCUCCAAGUCAUCAGAAAUCUCCUUCCAAAUGGUAUUGGAAACUAGUACCUGUGCGUUAUCGGAGGGACCAACUUUCCAGCAGACAGUUGCCAUAUUUUCCUUUACUGGAAGACCUUGUGAAGGACGUGUGUGAUGGUGCUGCGCUUUUAGCCGUUAUACACUACUACUGUCCUGAACUCAUGAAACUCGAUGAUAUAUGUUUGAAGGAAGUGACCUCUAUAGCAGACAGCCUAUACAAUAUUCAGCUGCUGAAAGAGUUUGCUAAUGAGUAUCUCAACAAAGGUUUUUAUCUCACUACAGAGGAUAUGUUGUAUGCUCCUUUAGGGCUGAAGCAUAAUGUUAUGGUCUUCAUUGCUGAACUGUUCUGGUGGUUUGAAAUUGUCAAGCCUGACUUUGUGCAGCCAAGGGACUUUCAAGAAAUUAAAGACGCGAGAGCAAUGCAGCAGUCAAAGAGCACCCGUCCUCCUGUUCCCAUCUCAAACGCAACCAAACGCAGUUUCAUGGUGAGCCCGGCCGGCAUGGCCAGUCCAGCAGAAACACCGCUGCUGCCUCCAAUUCAGAGCAGCCCCGAAGUCAGUAGCAGGUACUACCUGCACCCUGAAGAGCCUGACUUGCUGUAAGUCUGUCCUUGUUUCAGUGCAACGUCACUGUUUGGUAAAUAGUGAUCUUUUGGUGUGCUCUGCUUAAUCAGCUGUCAACAUUUUUACAUUUUCCAUAGAAAAUAUUAGCAG